AUGCUAAGAAGGCUUUUACAGACCAUGGCUUUCGAAACUAAAAUCCUCAAGGUAGAUCCCAAGUCUAUUCUAUUUUCUGAGACCGCACACAUUGAUGGCUCUCUUCCAACCAUCACAGACCCUGAAACGGAACAAAAUCUACUAGAGGCAGCUAGAACAAUCAGAGAUACAGACGACACCGUAGGUUUUCCGACGGAAACGGUCUACGGGCUUGGAGGGUCCUCUCUCAAUGACAAGUCGGUUCUUAAUAUAUACAAGGCCAAAAACAGGCCCAGUGACAACCCACUCAUAAGCCACAUUUCGUCCAUCGACCAGCUAAACCGGAAGAUCUAUGGGCAGGAAUCUUGCUCCGAUAUCUUACAAAACAUCCCACAGAUAUACCGCUCUCUAACAGAGAAGCUUUGGCCAGGCCCCCUCACAAUAUUGCUGCCUGUACCGCAGCAGUCAACUCUGUCGAAACUAACCACUGCUGACCAACCCACUUUCGCAGUACGCAUACCGUCGAACCCUAUUGCCAGGGCCCUUAUUGCUCUCAGCGAUACUCCUAUCGCUGCACCCUCAGCUAAUCAAUCGACUCGUCCCUCGCCAACGCUCGCCUCGCAUGUGUUUCACGACCUGAAAGGACGCAUCCCUCUUAUUUUGGAUGGAGGUGCGUGCUCGGUAGGUGUUGAGAGCACCGUCGUGGACGGUUUGGUCUCUCCACCUCUCCUUCUGCGUCCUGGUGGCUUCACCUGGGAACAAAUCCGCUCGAUGGGUGGCCCGCAGUGGGUCGACUGUAAGGUUGAAAAUAAAAAGACUGUUAGUGAAGGCGAAAAGGUGCGGACUCCAGGUAUGAAAUAUCGCCACUACUCACCCCAAGCAAAAGUCAUCCUUUUUGCCCCACAAGAAGGGAGUGCACCUCUUGAGAAGCGCCUCGAAAAUGUCAAAAGCGUUAUAACAGACCACGCUCGUGAUGUUCGCGGAUUUGCGGUUUUGUCUUCUCUAACUUUUCCGGAUAACCUGCUUGAUGACCCCCAUGGAAUCUAUAGGUGCUUGGGAAGUUCGAAUACCGAAAUACAAGCUAACUUAUUUGCCUACCUGCGGCAAGUUGACGAAAUGCCGAAUAUCGACAUUAUUUUCGUUGAAGGAAUUGACGAAGAGGGGGAAGGGCUGGCAGUGAUGAACAGGCUUAGGAAAGCUGCUUCUAAUAAUGUAGUUUCAUUUUAA